ACUGAUUGCUCUUCGCGAAAUAUGCACGCAUUGGGACGCCCGGAUUUAGAAUGUUCUUUGAAAAUCUACGUUGAAAUAAAUGUAAAAACUGCAGUGAGUGAUAAGUUUCGUGUGUUACCUGUUCUGAAGUUUAAUUCAAAUUGUUGUUCAUUGUGUAAUAGUGACUGUGUUGGGUGACGAACAAAGUAAAGCGUAGUGCGUCGAAAGUUGAAACAUGGUGCCGCUAGGUCCCGGGCCAGGCCAUCCUGCUGCACACCAAACACACGGUGGGCCCUCUGCCAACCUUUCCGGCCCAAAUUCGCUAUCACAAUCCGCUCCACAAUCGAACAAGUCUUCAGUGGCGAAGCCGAAUUACACGCUCAAAUUCACACUUGCGGGGCAUACGAAAGCCGUGUCUUCUGUUAAAUUCAGUCCAAAUGGAGAAUGGCUGGCAAGCUCCUCUGCUGAUAAACUUAUUAAAGUGUGGGGUGCUUAUGAUGGCAAGUUUGAGAAGACAAUAUCCGGACACAAGAUGGGAAUCAGUGAUGUGGCUUGGUCCUCAGAUAGCAGGCUGAUAGUCAGUGCUAGCGACGACAAAACUCUAAAGGUUUGGGAACUGAGCUCCGGCAAAUGUUUGAAGACACUAAAAGGGCAUAGCAACUAUGUAUUCUGCUGUAACUUUAACCCACAAAGCAAUCUUAUCGUAUCGGGCAGUUUUGACGAGAGUGUACGGAUAUGGGACGUAAGAACAGGCAAAUGUUUAAAGACACUACCGGCACACUCAGAUCCAGUUUCAGCGGUACACUUUAACAGAGAUGGCAGCCUUAUUGUAUCAUCCAGUUAUGACGGAUUAUGUCGAAUUUGGGACACAGCAUCAGGUCAAUGUCUAAAAACCCUCAUAGAUGAUGACAAUCCUCCAGUAUCCUUCGUGAAGUUCUCACCGAACGGCAAGUAUAUCUUGGCUGCGACUUUGGACAACACACUCAAACUGUGGGACUACAGCCGGGGCAAGUGCCUCAAAACGUAUACUGGACACAACAACGAGAAAUACUGUAUCUUCGCCAACUUCAGUGUCACUGGUGGAAAGUGGAUAGUGUCAGGCUCUGAAGACAACCUGGUCUACAUAUGGAAUCUGCAAUCGAAAGAGAUCGUGCAGCGGCUAUCUGGUCACACGGAUACCGUCCUGUGUACCGCAUGCCACCCCACCGAGAACAUCAUAGCGUCUGCGGCGCUCGAAAACGACAAGACUAUUAAGCUUUGGAAGAGUGACACUUAAAAUUAGGCUUUACUCCAACCAGACAGUGAUCUGUACUCCGUGGCUUCAUAUUGAAUGCCGUCGCCACUGGCUUGUGAAUACAUUUAAUAUUAAUGAUACUAGUCGAGUAUCUGGACGAUGGACGCUGAAAUUAUGAGUGCGUUGUUUUAUUUCAAUAAGUUUAGUGUAUCACACAGUAUGAAUGGUUCUUCUGAUGAGAAUAUGAUAUAAAUAUUUUUGUAUCUGACAUACAAAUGAGAAAGAUUCGAGUUAGCGAUUAUGUAUUAGUUAAGAUUGAUUUAAAAUUAUCGCUUAAGAGUACUUGUUGGAAUAAUUAAAGAUUCAGUAGUUGGUA